CUUAUUUUGGCUGCUUGGCUCAUCUCGCAAAACAUCUUCAGUUGAAAUUGGACAACGGAACGAGCAAGAACGUUCUCUUCCGAUCACAAGUAAAAUUUAUUAAAUAUUAAAAGAUAUUCAUUGUUAAAGUUACAAUGAAAUUGUUUUGUCAAAUUUUGAUAAUGGCCUUGAUUUGGGCUUUCGCAUCAUCAGCGGCUUUGGAGAAAGGUGAACGGGAAGAGGCACUUCAUUUCGGAUUCCACACAGAAAAUGGCCACCAAAGGAAUGAAGCCAUAACAUACACAGUCAGACCCGAAACGGACAAGGAUCCCAAGGAAGUGACUACUCAAAAGCCAGUGGAAUACAAAGGUGGCUAUAGCUUUAUCUCAGCCGAUGGCUACGAGUACCAGGUCCUCUAUAAGGCCAACAAAAACGGUUUCCAGCCCUAUGUGACGGCCCAGAAAAUCAAACCGGAUAAGAGUUAAACAGAAACCUAUUUUCUUUGUAUUGUGAUAGAUCAUUAAAA